CUUUCGAUCAGAUCAAAAGGUACCGUCCUGUCCAUUGGCCAGGGCGUCGUCAGUGGUACAGCGACCUCCUAGAACUAGACCUAGACUACCUACAAAGAGAAAUUUAUCUCCUAUCUGUUUUCUCCGGCAUAUACCACAACCCACUACUUGAGGAGUUGAGCAUCAAUUUCUCUUCCUUUUGUCUUAGAUUUGCUUCAGACCCUCAAUCAGCAUCGUGGGACCUUGACAGAGGUGCAAAUCACCAUGGCCGACCAGCACCCCGAAACCGGCCUCCCGCCCAACUGGGAGGUGCGGCUGUCCAAGAGCAAGAACCUCCCCUACUACUUCAACACCUCCAACACCACGUCGCGGUGGGAGCCCCCGCCAGGCACCGACACGGACAAACUCAAGCAGUACAUGGGCAAGUACCACUCGUCGGCGCUUCCCUCGGACUCGCCCCAGGCCGGCCAGAUCCGCGCCGCGCACCUGCUCAUCAAGCACCGCGACUCGCGCCGGCCCUCGAGCUGGAAGGAGGAAAACAUUACGCGCACCAAGGAGGACGCCCGCCGCAUCAUCGAGGCCCACAAGGACCGCAUCGCCUCGGGCGAGGCGUCGCUGGCCGCCCUGGCCACCACGGAGAGCGACUGCAGCAGCGCCCGCAAGCGCGGCGACCUUGGCUUCUUUGGCCGCGGCGAUAUGCAGAAGGAGUUUGAGGAGGCCGCCUUUGCCCUCAAGCCGGGCGAGAUCAGCGGCGUGGUCGACACGGCCAGCGGCCUGCAUCUGAUUGAGAGGUUGGCAUGAUGCGAUCACCGAGUACAUGGAUAUAUACUUGCCGCGGAAUGGCAACGAUGAGCAGCAAUGCCGAGACCUGAGUACAUCAGGGCAAAGACUAGUAGUGUACAAGAACCGGGGGAGACCGGGCCAGGGAAUUUGGAAAUAUUUCAAAUCACAGAUCUAUAUCAAUCCCCAUGAUGUAGAACUGCCAAAAAAGUACAACAGGGGGACAUGGUGCGAGUGGCCGCCCAUCCCAGAAAACAGUCAGAUUUCCGAUGUACACCAUCAAAGAAGCUAAAUCUUACGAGGCUAGGAUUUGUAACGAAGAGAUGGAGAGGGCCAAAACCUAAACAAAAAAGACCAACAAACAAAGACAUCUUUUUUUUUUCUGCUCAUCUUUGACCUCGUGGUGUGUUGGGAUAUUGCUUAUAGCACGGGUUUGUUAUCCUAAUUCUUCGCGUGGUAUUUCGAACCCUUACCGUUUUCGGCAAAGUGUAGUAGCACCGCAGUCUAGUUAGUCGGGAGCAUCUCGUUCACGUUCCCGACCAUCGCGCUCCACUGACAUCCCAGCCAUGCAGUUCCCUGUGGGCGAGCUGAUCACAAAGAGCACGUUUACUAGAUUCAUUACAUCACACGCAUACGAAGCACGAUUCAUGUUUGGUGGUAGUAGUAUUUGUUUUAGUCCUGACGAAGUUUUGCGUUUCGUCCUAUGCAGGCACGAGUCUCCUGGCUCAAAGUAGUAAUCCACAAGGCUAUCGAC